GUGGUGCAGAAAGGACAUGUGCUUGAUUGUGCUCGAGCAUUCGUGACUCCGGAGAAAUAUCGUCCCACGGCAUGUUGAUCGCUUGCCUGCCUUCCCAUGCGUGAUUCGUGGCUCUUGUGUGACAUAAAUGAAUGUUGUUUAAGAAAAGAAAAAAGUGUUAAAAAAGUGAACAAAGGAUAAAAACUGUCCGUAUUAAACUGAAGCAAAAAAGUAAAAAUACGAAAAGUGUCACGCAAAGUGACAUAGUAAAAUAUUGAAGUGCAAUGUACUGAAGUGACGCAAGGAAAGUUGAUGAAAAUUGAAAGUGAGCUAAAUUGAUGUUCGAAUCGAAACAGGAAACGGAUACAAUGCUGCUGGUGUUGAACAGUUGGAUCGGACUACUUCUUGGGAUGCUCUCGAUUUCAGCAUCUUACGGUCUUAAACUUAAAUCGGUUAGAAUACCGCCGUACAAGUAUCGCACCGAAUCAGCCCUGCUAGAAUGCCAUUACGAGCUCAACGGUCAACGUAAAGGGCACAGCUCACUCGACGGCACUAAUCGACGACAUCAUGCCUAUCAGAGCGACUAUCUCAGUGAGCGCUUCGACGAGGAGGAGAAGCUGUACUCAAUCAAAUGGUACAAAGACAACGAGGAGUUCUAUCGCUACGUGCCGUCGGCUUCGCAACCGAUUAAGAGUUACAAAAUCGAGGGUAUCCGGGUCGACCCAAACCAUUCCGAUGGCACAAAGGUGUUGCUGCGAGGGUUAACACUUAAAUCCUCCGGUAUCUAUCGGUGUGAGAUCUCGGCCGAGGCGCCCAGCUUCGACUCGGUUCAGGGCGAAGGUCGAAUGGAUGUGAUAUUUGUUCCAAAGGAUGGUCCACACAUAAGUGACAGUGAACGGAAAAGUUACCACAACGGGGAAACGAUGGAGUUAAACUGCACCUCUGGUCGCUCAUACCCGGCUUCAAAUCUCCAAUGGUACCUGAACGAUGUGCUCGUUACAGACCCCAACAGCAUUAUACACUAUCCCUCGAUGCAAAAUCAGCACGGGUUGAUUACCACCUUUCUUGGGCUGAGUAUAGUCGUCAACCAUCGGCAUUACAUCGAUGGGACGAUACGGAUAAAGUGUAUUGCAAGCUUAUCGCCCGUCUUAUGGCGUGGCGGACAGGAGAGUAUCGUCCAGUGGGAGCAACCAACCAUCGACAAUCGUGUUGCCAUGCUAUUGGUGAAAAGUUCCGGUAACGUGCAAAGCUGGAAUACUUGUGUCGUACUAGUAAGUUUGUUACUCUACCUACAAGGAAUGGCAGUUACACGAAUAGCGUAAAACCAAAGGUUUGCGGUACUGAUCAAAUUCACUGUGUACAUUAAAAUCAUGAUUAGUGAUAACUAGCGCAACAUUGAUUUUCAAAAAACGAAAUCAAACAAACAGACAAACCCGUUAGCAACAUUCACAGCAAAUCCUGUUACAAACAAUUAAUGAAGUGAGGAAAGCGGCAGAAUAUUUCUCAAGAGCUUAUUCUAACGAAACUAAAACACAGCUAUCCCAUACUGUUUCCGAGGGAUCGUUCUGAAAGUUUUCCCCAUAUCCUGUGAAUGCUGUGUGCAAUACAAUCUAUAUAGAACCAACCUUGUAAAUAUUAUGUUUAACACGUUGGUUAUUGUAAGAGUACUUCAGCGUACUAGCAAGCUUAAGAAUAUCAACGAUAUGCUGAGGAACGCAUUUGAUUGCACGUAUAGUACAUAGAUCUCGUUUCACCUUCACUGUGUGGUGCAAUCAAAUCAACGAAAAACUGGCAGUCGCAAGCGGAACAAUAAUCUACACGACGUUCAGAUAUAAUACCGUAGAAAAGGACAUUAAAAAUAGUAUUUUGCUGCUGAUGGUCACAGCGCAUGCAAUAGCGAACAAAACCAAUAAUUGUUUCUUUCUUUGUUUUGUUCAGUCACACUCGAGAAAGUAACGACAAGAAAAGAAUAAACUUGAUUUUUGUUUGUGUUUUGGUAUAAUA